AUGAAUAAAGAAAACUUUCGCUUUUAUAUUAAAGUACGAACCGCACUUAAUAUUCCAGCAUCAGUUAUUUAUAAUGAACUACAUUCUGUUCAUGGUGACCAAGUUCCUUGUUUGAGAACAGUUGAAAGAUGGGCUAAAUGGUUUCGUGAAGGCCGAGAAGAAAUUGAAGAUGAAGCACGACCCGGCAGACCUGUUACCGAAACAACAUCUGAAAAUAUUGAACAGGUCUGCCUUCUUAUCGAUGACGAUCCUCACAUUACAAUAGACGAGGUGCAAGAGCAAACUGGUUUAAGUCAUGGCACCGUUCAGCUAAUCAUCACCGAUCAUUUAAACCUUAAGAAAGUUACCGCUCGUUAUAUACUCAAGGAUCUGACCGAUUUUCAACGGGCUGAACGAGUCCGAAUAUGCCAACAAAAUUUAGCAAAAUUUCAAGAAGGAACAUGGCGUCUAUGUGAUGUAAUAACUGGUGACGAGUUGUGGUUUUAUCAUACACAAAUUGGUUGGAAGUCAUCGAAUGCAGCGUGGGUGAGAAGAGGAGAUCCUCCAUCUACUGUAGUUCGACGCGAUAGGUUUGCUCCAAGAACCCUAUUUUCCAUCUUUUUUAAGUCAGAUGGUCCUGUUUUCAUUCAUCCUGUGGAACGGGGACAAGCGAUUGAUCAUCACUAUUACAUCAACAAUUGUUUACAACCACUUGUCGAACAAGUCAAACGUCAAAGACCCUCAUAUGGUACCCGUCGUAUUAAAAUCCACCACGAUAAUGGAAGGCCACAUAUUCAUAAAGAUGUGUCCAAUUAUCUUGAAUCUGAAGGCCUCACAAUAAUACCACAUGCACCUAAUUCUCCAAAUUUGUCACCAUGUGACUUUUGGUUGUUCUAUUUAAUUAAAGAAAAUCUAACUGACCAAAGCGAUUCAGAAUCAUUAUAUGAUGCUGUAUCCGAUUUCAUGUAUUCUUUAAAAAAAGAAGAAUAUAAAAAAACCUUCGAGAAAUGGAUUCAAAGAAUGCAAUUGUGUAUAGAUAACGAAGGUGAUUAUUUUGAACAAUUGAUAAAAUAA